AGAGAGAGAGAGAGAGAGAGAGAGAUGGAUGGUUUGCAAAGGUCUAAAACAUCAUUUAGAAGACAAGGCUCAUCAGGGUUAGUUUGGGAUCAAAAGUAUUUAGCAGGAGAGCUAAGAAAAGUGAAGUCAAGCAAAGAUGAAGAGAAUUUAGCAAGAUCAAGAGCUUCACAGGUGCAUUGUCCUCGAUCCAACAGUGAGCCUGCAUAUCGGACAGUCAAGAUCGACUUUAGCACCCCUGCGAUCGAUCCUCCCUCUCCGAAAGUCUCCGGUUGUGGUUUUUGUGGGGUGUUUGGCAAGCCGAAAACUGCCCAGAAACCUAAAAAAUCCACCAAAAGCAAGUCAUAGAUUGUGUACUCUUUCUUCAUGAUGCCAUUUGUGAUUCCAGAAACAGAAUGUCUAGGAAAACAGAUACUAAUCACAGAACUAAACACAAGAGGAUUGCGUCUAAUUCGGUGAUUAGUUUUUGUAAAGACAAAAUAACUGUUCUAGAAAAAGUAGCAAGAAAAUGAAGGAUGUGAUAUAAAUUUAACUUUGUGUGGUGUGGAUCAUAAAUUUAAUUCACAUAUUUCUUUUCUUGAUACUUUUAAUUGUUUUGUAAGAUGUGUU